AUGGAUCCAAAACUCCCACCUAUGGUGGUCGGAGGUGGUAAAAACGUGCAAGGUGCUACACCCACGCUGGCAGAAGAAGAACAAGGUAGGUUCACAACUCCGACAAGGGCAGCAAUGGAGGGUGCUCCAUCUUCAUUGGGUAAGGAAGCGACGGUGGCAGUGCUGAGGAUAGUAGCGGCUUCGGUUGUCUACUUCCGAUCGUUCACGGCUCUACUGGCGGCAGCAGAUGAUGGGAUGAUGUCGUUUACCGAUGGGGUAGUAGGUGGGACUGGGCUGUCGGGCUUGGUGACGCAAAUGGUGGUUGAGGAGGCUCCAAUGGUAGAAACGAAUACCGGAAUGAAAGAGAUAGCGGCUGUAGUUCUUGCGCUAGGAUUAGGGUUUGAACCCUUAAAUACCCGUCUCCAUACAUAA